AAUGGCGGACGGAAGUAGAGCAGACAACGGAACAGUGUUUUCAACAAAGCUGAUUGGUCAACGUUGGGGAAUAUUUCAUAAAUCUAGAAUCGGGUCGUGCAACGGUGAAAGAAUGAGUUCAAUUAACUAUUCUGAAAUUGGCCCUGUUCGCGCAACCGUUACAGAAGUUUGUACAAUCGCGAGCCCUGAUGGAGAAAGGACAGAAUCAAAAAUAUAUAGAUAUGGUGGAAAUAUUGGAAAUAAUGGUUUUUCUCACGGUCAAACACCAGAACAAACCAACUAUUUCGAUAGAUCAAAAAGAUAUUCGAAAGGAUGGGGAGGAUCGAACAGAAAAAUUAAACCAUAUUAUAAUACAUCGUUGGAAAUGAGAGGAAAGAGUUUCGAUGAGGUGAGAUCUAAAUGCUUGAGAGAAGGUCGACUCUUUGAAGAUGGAGAUUUUCCCGCAACCGAUUCAAGCUUGACUUUUCAAGGAAGGCCAAAAAGAGCAAUUGAAUGGAAACGACCGCAUGAAAUUUGCGACAAUCCCAAGUUAUUUGUUGAAGGUGCUAGUCGAUUUGACGUUCAACAGGGGGAAUUGGGCGAUUGUUGGUUGCUAGCAGCCAUAGCCAGUCUUACUUUGCACGAUGAACUUUUAUUUAAGGUUGUACCUCCCGAUCAAUACUUUCAAAGAAGUAACGGCUACUGCGGAGUUUUUCGUUUUAAUUUCUGGCGUUUUGGUGAAUGGACUGAAGUGAUCGUGGAUGAUCGCCUACCCACCUACAAUGGUCAACUUGUGUAUAUGCACUCAAAAGAUCCAGAUGAAUUUUGGACAGCUCUUCUGGAAAAAGCGUACGCCAAACUUGUUGGAUCUUAUGAGGCACUUAGAGGUGGUUCCGCUGCCGAAGCUAUGGAAGAUUUCACUGGGGGUGUUACUGAGUUGUUUGAUAUUCGUCCUAAAACUAGGCCCUCUAAUCUUUGGAAAAUAUUAACUAAAGCCUUUGAACGAAACUCAUUGAUGGGUUGCUCUAUCGAAGCUAUUCCAGGUCAAGUUGAAGCAAGGCUACGAAAUGGCCUCAUAUGUGGUCAUGCUUAUAGUAUAACCUCAGUAAGAAAUGUUGAAGUUGAAUCGUCAACGAGAGUUGCGGUACCGAUGAUAAGAAUACGAAAUCCAUGGGGAAAUGAAGCUGAAUGGUUGGGUGGAUGGAGUGACGGUUCAACAGAAUGGCAAUUCAUUUCUGAAGCUGAGAGGAAGAAAAUCGGUUUAGUUUUUGAUGACGAUGGAGAGUUUUGGAUGUCAUUUCACGACUUUUGCGAAGCUUUCCAUAAAUUAGAGAUUUGUAAUCUUGGACCAGAGUCUCCAUUGGAUUCCAGAAAACACAAAAGAAAAUGGGAAGGGACUAAACUCUAUGGUUCGUGGAGAAAGAACGUAAAUGCUGGAGGUUGCAGAAAUUUUCUAGAAACUUUUUGGACAAACCCUCAAUAUCGGGUAACAGUUACGGAUCCAGAUGAAGAUGAUGAAGAAGAUCUGGGUACAAUAAUUAUAGGACUUAUGCAAAUUGGCCGUCGUAAGUUGCGCAAAGAAGGAAAAGAUUUGCUAACAAUAGGCUACGUUAUUUACGAGUUGAAAGAAACAGUUAACGAACCUCUUGGUAUUCAGUUUUUCAAGUACCAUCAAUCUCAAGCCAGGUCACCGGCCUUUAUUAAUAUGAGGGAAGUUUGUGGGCGCCACAAGCUGAAACCUGGCCAAUAUUGUAUUAUCCCAUCGACUUUUGAGCCAAAUCAUGAAGCCGAAUUUUUGUUAAGAAUCUUCUCGGAAAAAACGAAUACCACCAAUGAAUUAGAUGAAGAAACUUGCGUGACUGAUGUUAAAAUUCAAGUGCCCAUCACUGACACGGAAACGGAACGGCUGAUGAAAUCAGCUUUUAGAAGCAUUUCUGGAGGAGAUUUGGAGAUUGACGCCUAUGAGCUGCAGGCAAUUUUGGAUAAUGCCUUUAAGAAAGAAUUCACUUUUAAUGGGUUUAGCUCGGAAACUUGUAGAAGCAUGGUUGCACUAAUGGACGUUGAUAGGUCUGGAAAAUUGGGUUACGAAGAAUUUAAGAAACUAUGGAUGGAUAUAAGAAUGUGGAAGAGUGUUUUCAAACAAUACGAUAAGGAUAGAAGCGGCACCUUCAAUAGUUAUGAGCUACGUAACGUUUUCCAUGCAGUUGGCUAUAAAAUAAGUAAUUCAACAUUUAACACUCUGGUGAAACGUUAUAGUUAUAGAGACGGAACAAUAUAUUUCGACGAUUUUAUACAUUGCGUAGUUAGAAUGAAGACAAUGUUCGAUAUAUUUACGGAAAUGCAAAGGACUCCUUACGGCAAUGCGGAGUUUGAUCUUGACUGCUUUAUUCAAACAACUAUGUAUUCUUGA